AUGAAGCUUUCGUACGUUCUCGCCUUCGCCGCUCUGGCAGCUGCCACGACGACCAUCCCCACCACCGCUGCCUCAACUUUGGAGAAGAAACAAGUCGCCAAGAACCUUCGAGUAAGCCGCCAACUUGGUGGCGGCGGUGGUGCUCCUGGACUGACUCCUGGGUCCUCAACUCUUCCAAGCUCGAGCGAUACCAACCCGGGUAACGUGGAGCAGGUGACCCAAAACCCACCGGAGCAGGUGACCCAAAACUCACCGGAGCAGGUGACCCAAAACCCACCGGAGCAGGUGACCCAAAACCCACCGGAGCAGGUGACCCAAAACCCACCGGAGCAGGUGACCCAAAACCCACCGGAGCAGGUGACCCAAAACCCACCGGAGCAGGUGACCCAAAACCCACCGGAGCAGGUGACCCAAAACCCACCGGAGCAGGUGACCCAAAACCCACCGGCACAGGUGAACCAGCACGAAGCUUCGCCAAAUGGCGGCGGGCAAGUCAUGAGCGAGGAGGAGAAGGCGGAGGAGGAGGCGAAGAAGAACGAGGAGCAGCAGAAGAAAGAGGAGGCGGAGCAAGUUGUCCGAAACGAUGGUAUGCCGGUGAAAACGGGCGUCAAGAACGAGGCAGAGAAGGCGGUUGAAAACGGUGGAUCGGCAAAGGGCGAUGGGCAAGGUAUGAGCGAGGAGGAGAAGGCGAAGGAGGAUGCAAAGAAGCAGGAGGAGCAGCAGAAGCAGGAGGAGCAGCAGAAGGCCGAUGAGGAGAAGCAGCAGAAGCAGGAGGAGCAGCAGAAGGCCGAUGAGGAGGCGAAGAAGCAGGAGGAGCAGCAGAAGGCGGAUGAGGAUGCAAAGAAGAAAGAGGAGCAGCAGAAGACGGGUGAGGAUCUGAAGAAGAAAGAGGAGGCGAAGAAGAUUGAGGAGGAAGAGCAGCAGCACGUGAACCAAAACGAUGGUUUGCCGAAUGUUGAGGGUGGGGGGCCUAAGGGCGUGUAUGAUCAGGUGGUCCAACCUGGUGUUGUGCCAGUUGAUGGCGGGCAAGGCACUAGCGACGAGGAGGCGAAGAAGAUUGAGGAGGAAGAGCAGCAGCACGUGAACCAAAACGAUGGUUUGCCGAAUGUUGAGGGUGGGGGGCCUAAGGGCGUGUAUGAUCAGGUGGUCCAACCUGGUGUUGUGCCAGUUGAUGGCGGGCAAGGCACUAGCGACGAGGAGGCGAAGAAGACAGAGGAGGAAGAGCAGCAGCACGUGAACCAAAACGAUGGUUUGCCGAAUGUUGAGGGUGGGGGGCCUAAGGGCGUGUAUGAUCAGGUGGUCCAACCUGGUGUUGUGCCAGUUGAUGGCGGGCAAGGCACUAGCGACGAGGAGGCGAAGAAGAUUGAGGAGGAAGAGCAGCAGCACGUGAACCAAAACGAUGGUUUGCCGAAUGUUGAGGGUGGGGGGCCUAAGGGCGUGUAUGAUCAGGUGGUUCAACCUGGUGUUGUGCCAGUUGGUGGCGGACAAGGCACUAGCGACGAGGAGGCGAAGAAGAUUGAGGAGGAAGAGCAGCAGCACGUGAACCAAAACGAUGGUUUGCCGAAUGUUGAGGGUGGGGGGCCUAAGGGCGUGUAUGAUCAGGUGGUCCAACCUGGUGUUGUGCCAGUUGGUGGCGGACAAGGCACUAGCGACGAGGAGGCGAAGAAGACAGAGGAGGAAGAGCAGCAGCACGUGAACCAAAACGAUGGUUUGCCGAAUGUUGAGGGUGGGGGGCCUAAGGGCGUGUAUGAUCAGGUGGUCCAACCUGGUGUUGUGCCAAUUGGUGGCGGGCAAGGUACUAGCGACGAGGAGAAGGCGAAGAUGAAAGAGCGCAAGGAGCAGGAGAAGAGAGAGAAGGAGGAGAGGAAGAAGAUCAAAGAGGAGGAGAAGGAGAGAAAGGAACAGGAGAAGCAGGCGAAGAAGGAGAGAAAGGAGCAGGAGAAACAGGAGAAGGAGGAGGAGAAGGAGAGAAAGGAACAGGAGAAGCAGGCGAAGAAGGAAGAAAAGGAAAAGAAGGAGCAGGAGAAGGGGGAGAAGGAGGAGGAGAAGGAAAAGAAGGAGCAGGAGAAGGGGGAGAAGGAGGAGGAGAAGGAAAAGAAGGAGCAGGAGAAGGAAAAGAAGGAGCAGGAGAAGGAAAAGAAGGAGCAGGAGAAGGGGGAGAAGGAGGAGAAAAAGGAGCAGGAGCCGCAGCCUUGCACUCCAAAGCCUGAGAUCCCGAACCUUGUGGUACCGGCACCUGAAGUCAUGCCGACUGAUCCGGCACCUCUCAUAGAUCAGGAACCGGCACCUGAAGUCAUGCCGACUGAUCCGGCACCGGGUCUCAUAGAUCAGGACGACCAUCUGCCUGAUGCUACGAAGCCACUGCCGGAUAUUGUGAACCAGGACGCGCCGCUUGAAUUUGUGCCGGCGCCGUAA